CAGGAGGGAGGGAGGAGGAGAAGAGGAGAGGAGGGAGGGAAGAGAAAAUGAAGGGAAGGAGGGACCAGACAUGGGCAUAGAUGGAGUAGCAAAGAGUAGAGAGGAGGAAAAAGAGGAGGGGAGAGAGGGAGCAGGUGAGAGGAGAGAGGAGGGAAAGGAGAUGAGUGAAGGAACAGAGGCGAGGGAGGUGGAGAUUUCCUUGGAGAAACAGGGCUCACUGAUCACGCUGGCCUGGAGCAAACCAGCUGAUGCUACAGACAAAGACCAGGAAAUGAGCGCAGCUCCAGCAGUAGAAGAGCCGGUAGUAAUAUCUACAGAUUUACAUGCUCAAAUCAGCACACAACAGGUCCAUGGAGACCCCAUAAUGACCCAUGAUGAAGAGCGAAGGCACACAUACCCUGAGGAGAGUGGGUCCACUUCAUUUCAGCUGCAAGAACAAGCAAACACUGAACAUCCUGAGCACACACAGACCGUGGAGGAGCACACAUUCGUGCAGGCUCUACAGGACGACUCCACCUCCAGUAUGGACGCUGAGCGUGAGGGCCGUGUAGCAGAUGGACACACCGCACAUCCAACAGUUUCAGAACUGGAUCUUGAGGACUCACACGCUGCUGCUCAACCCUCUGAGGCAGUAGGAAUAGAGUCAGCGUGUGAGGAUCAGGACAGUGAGCUGGUGUGUGGGGGUAAAAAGGAGCAUGUGGACGUGUGUGAGGAGCAGCAGCUGCAGCGCGAGGCCACCAUGCGCAGCCUCGUCCACAUCCAAAGGACAGCGGAGAGACGCUGGCAGAGAGACAGAGACAGACAACUCCUCAGAGUUCAAGAGCGGCUGUCAAUCAUCCAGAACAGAAAGUCAGACGAAGACCUGCUAGGUCUGACACAGGAAGACACUUUCAGACACCUGACCAGCACUAUACAGCAGGAAGAUGAGCAGCAUCAGAAGACUUUGGUCAGAGAGAAGCUGCAGCAACUGCGGAGAGAACGGUCUUAUAUCCUGCAGUCGAGGAGAGAAAGGAACACUGCUGGAUUUAAGGAACUGCUUGCACCCACAGCUCAACAGAUGACUAAUGCAGAGGAUGUGCUUUAACACAGAACAUGCUUACAUGCACAUGUAAGGUGACUGUAGCACACCUUUCUAUUAAUUCUAGUAUUUUGUUAGUAUGCUUCUGGGUAAAGUUCACUAGUGACUCCAUGCAGUAAGAUAUUCACCAUCUGAUGCUCUCUAUAGGCCCCUUAGUUGUAAUGGUAGCAUCAGCGCUGCUGGCUAUUGACUUUUUGCAGUGCACAAUACCAGACUGUCUGAUAAUCAAAAUAUUCUAAUGUAAACGCUAGUGGUACUGUUACAUCUAUAGAAAUGUCAUUAAAAAAUCAAAGUGGAAUCGUUUGCCCUCCAGCUAAAUUCUAAAGUCACACAUACGAAUAACAUCAACAUUUGAUUUAUAUGGCGAAUGACUAACAAGCAUGUAUUAGACACAUUUGAACAUUUUAUUGAACUUCAAGACACUUCCACAGCGCUAACAUCACUGCCUCAACUCCAUUCCGACACAAUGCAGUCUCUUCUUCACAAAUCUGUAUGUGUGCGUGUGUACAUGUCUGUGCGUGUUUUGUGUAUGUAUGGCAAUCAUAACUUAAACCCUAUACACAAAGUCAGUUCUCCCCCCAUUUCAAGUUUAAAUAUUCAAGUGAGCAAGUAUACAGUAUGUAAAAGUCUACAAUGACAAUGUAACUUGUAAUGAAAUAAAAA